GCGUCGGGCCCAGGCUCCAGGGGGCGGUGCUGCAGCGGUUGCCAUGGCGUCUUCCGAGCGCGCAGGCGUGGGCAUAGGGUCGCUUUUUUGGUGCUUGCUACUGGCUCUCCGGUUGGCGGGUCACCUUUGCUUGCCGAUCUUCGCGUCCUGAGUCCUUUGGUCUCCAGCAACUUGCAGGGCAGCCGUCCCGCAUGGGGCCCUUCAGUGAAUGCCCUAAAACUCCGGAGUUGCUGCAGGAAAGCAGGCUCGCCCGGAGCGGGGCACGUCCCUGCCGCCCGUGUCGUCGUGGUGCCUUCAGGGGACCCUUCUGGGAAGAUCCUUGCAGAGGCCAUGUCCCCUCUCCACGGCAUCCAAGCCCAGUCCCAACUUGCUUUUCACGCCUGUCCCUCUGGGGAAUGUCUACUGGACCUCAGGACAGCCCAUCACCCGCCCCCUCCCUCCCCGUGCAUCCCCAAGGUGGAUAUGCAGCAAAGCCUCUGUGACUCACAGUUGCGGCCACUGCUUGGCGUCACCUGGUUGUCCUGUGGGCACCUGAAGCUCAGCUUUUCCCAGGCUGAACACUUGUCUUUCGCUGCCGCAUCUGCCUGCCCUGAGCCCUCUGCGCAGAUAGUGGUACUCCUUACAUGUGCUUGCUUCAGGAAACUGGUUGAAGAGCACCCUUCCUCCAGCCUUGUAGUUGCAGACACACUGACAGCUCCGGAACGAUCUGACACAGGAUCCUUAAUAGGCGUGGAAGUGUUCGCCAGACAGAGAGGUCCUGCCCUUGCCGAUCCCAGCUGGUUCUGUUGGAGAGUCCGUGGGCGUCUGUUUGACAGUAUCUGCCAGGAGCUGCAGAAUAACUUUUCUGAUCUGGAAGAGCAAGUCUCAGAUAUUUUGCACAUUCACAAGUAUUUUAAAACAGUUUCUGUGAGAUGCCAACCUCACCUUUAUAGUAUUUAGAGGUUUUGCAGCGUUUACUGAGAAGAGCUCAGUUGUGUUUAUACCGAAUUUCGGCUGAGUUUCUUGACCACCCUCCUCACCUUCCCACCAGUGUGGCCCUGGGCUCCUAACUGUAUCGCCCUGAGGAUCCCAUGGAUUCAGGUGACUGUGCCCUUCAGGUUUCAUUUGUGAGGACCCAUUCUUCUUCCUGGGACUUUGGCUGGUGUCUUCCUUCUGCUAAACCAAAUUUGCCACUUCCUUUAAGAUUCCGUUCAAAUGUGGUUCUCUUCUGAGGAACCUUUCCUAAAAACCCGACUCCCUAUGCCGAUUUGCUGAUUCUUUCCUUAUGAUCCUUCCCUAUGCCCUUAGUAAAAUGAAGUUUGACAAACACAAUUCUAUGGCAGUAAACAUUUGCAUUCAUAUAACUUUUCUCUUCUCUCUCUUUUUUUUUUUGGAGAUGAAGUCUCUCUCUGUCAGCCAGGCUAGAGUGCAGUGGUGUGAUCUUGGCUCACUGCAACUACCACCUCCCGGGUUCAAGUGAUUUUCCUGCCUCAGCCUCCCGAGUAGCUGACACUACAGGUACAUGUCACCACGCCUGGCCAAUUUUUUGUAUUUUAGUAGAGACGGGGUUUCACCAUGUUGCUCAGGCUCAUCUCGAACUCCUGAGCUCAGGCAAUCUGCCCGCCUCAGCCUCCCAAAGUGCUAGGAUUCCAGGUGUGAGCCACCGUGCCCGGCCUCUUCUCUUGAAUUAUUUGCUUAAUCUCCCAGGAGUGAGUUUACUGGAUGAAAGCAUUCAGACCUUUUUUUUUUUUGGAUAGAGGGUCUUGUUCUGUCAGCCAGGCUGGAGUUUGGUGGCACGAUCAUAACUCACUGCACACUUGACCUCUGGCCUCAAGCAGUCCUCCCACCUCAGCCUCCUUAGUAACUGGGAUUACAGGCACACACCACCACACGGGGCUUAUUUUUUUGUAGUUGUUGUAGACACAGGGUUUCCCCAUAUUGCCCAGACUGGUCUUGAACUCCUGGGCUCAAGUGAUCUGCCUGACGCAGCCUCCCAAAGUGCUGGGAUUACAGGCAUGAGUCACCUUGCCUGGUCUCAUUUAGACAAUUUUGUGGCUGAUAUAUUUUAAUAAUUUCUUAAUUUCCAUCUCUUUAUUCAUAUUCUGUAUUUGGUGAGACAUGGGUCUCAUACUUUCCUUUAUUUCUUUAGAUCUGGCUUUAAUUCUUUGAACAUACAGUUGUCCUUUGGUAUCUGUAAGGGAUGGGUUCCAGGACCCCUGGGGCUACCAAAAUCUGUAGAUGCUCCAAGUCCAAUAGCUGACUCCCAGUAUCUGGGGAUUCAACCAAUCGUGGACUGAAAAUCGCAAUGCAGGAAUGUGGAUAGGAGGGCUGACCAUACGUAUGGUCAACUGAUUUGAUCUCGGCUCACUGCAACCUCCUCCUCUCGGAUUCAACUGAUUCUCCUGCCUCAGCCUCCUAAGUAGCUGGGACUACAGGCGUGAGCAACCAUGCCCAGCUAAUUUUUGUAUUUUUAGUAGAGACAGGGUUCAUCAUGCUGGCCAGAUGGUCUUGAUCUCUCGACGUUGUGAUCUGCCUGUCUUGGCCUCCCAGAGUGCUGGGAUUACACGUGUGAGCCACCAUGGCUGGCUGGCUUGUAGUUUUUUUUAUUAAAUGCUGCAGUUUAUGUGUAGCAUAGCAAUGGAGACUGAAAGAAAUACUAAUUUUUCUAGGAAGGGCUUGCCCUUUGUGUGGCAGGUAUCUUGGAUUAGGAUCUUAUCUCUUCAAUCUGAUAAUUAAAGAACUGAGUUAGAGUUGAGGUUGCCACUCCAGUUAAUUUAGUUCACCUCUGGUUUCAAAUAUCUUGAGUGUGAGAUCACCCUCUCUCCAGCAGGGCUGUGAAAUCUAAGCACCAUGACACCGCAGCAUUGCCCUCUGCUUUUCUGUGUCAUCUCCUGACUUCUUGGACACCGUUUAUUCAAUAAAUUACUAUGGGAGAGAGUUGGAAGACAGACAGAGAUGUCCAGUGCUGUAUUUGGGAUUCUUCCAUGUUCAAGUCUAAUACCAGCUGUUAAAUUUCCAGUUCAGAGGCUGGGUGCAGUGGCUCAAGCCUGUAAUCCCAGCACUUUGGGAGGCUGAGGGGGGUGGAUCACAAGGUCAGGAGAUCGAGACCAUCCUGGUAAACAUGGUGAAACCCUGUCUCCACUAAAAAUACAAAAAAUUAGCUGGGCAUGGUGGUGCGUGCCUGUAAUCCCAGCUACUCAGGAGGCUGAGGCAGGAGAAUUUCCUGAACCCAGGAGGUGGAGGUUGCGGUGAGCCGAGAUCGCGCCAUUGCACUACAGCCUGGGUAACAAGAGCGAAACUCCAUCUCAAAAAAAAAAAAAUUUCCAGUUCGUUUCUCCGUAUUCUCUCAGAUUUUCUUUACCUGUAGAAAACUUGAUUUUCUGUCCAUGAACGACCCCAUGCUUGAAACACCACAGGAAUGGACCCCUGGUUUGCUCACCCGACACGGGCUCCUCCAUCUCUGGAAUGUAGUUUAUUUGGACUUCAAAUCUGUAGGUUUUAAAGAAAAAGACGAUUUAAUAGCUCACCGGUGCUUUAUCCUUGCUCUGCUGAAGUGCUGGUGUUUGUGAUCUUUCACAUCCUAACCAGAAGUUGAAACACUUAAUAUCAUUUUAAUUUUGUAAAAUCUCCUUUUUUUUUUUUCAUUUUUUACAUUUUACAUUUCUUUUAAGGCAUUAUUGGUUUUGUUUACUGGCUCUCAUGUCCCUUCGAAUUUAGUUUUUAUUUCUGAAAAAUUUCCUUUGUACUUCGAAUUCUGUUUUGUGUCUUGUCAUCUUCAUCUGUCUUUCUAAUCUUAUAUUUCUUGGUAUUUCUAAUUAUGCCUUAAAUGAUGCUUUGAGAUGCUUUAAUGACAUCUCUCAUGCUCUCAAUUCUUUUUACCUCAUUUCAAAUAUUAGGUUACGUUUUCGUCUUCAUUGCCUGUAUACCUCUCUGUUGUAUUUUAAUUGUAGGGCCAAUAUUGUGUUAUUAUUCAGCUUUCUCUUAUGAUAGCUUUAUAUUAGAUUUUGCUAGCAUCCAUUUUAUUGCCUUUUUAAGCAAUAAUAAAGAAGUGAAAUGAGUUUGUCUUUGUUCAUAGGACGAGGUAUAGGUUGAGAUAGGUUUCCAGACUCCACGGGUCUACAUUCCCUCUUCUGUUGUUUUUGCAAAAUGAUUUCAAAAAUACUUGCUUGUAUUUUCUGAGAUCUGACAUCCUGAUCCCAUUCCUUAUUUUUCUCGGACUCAUUUCUCUUGUCCGAACAUUUUGUUUGCUGGCUUUGAAGACCUAUAGACUGCUUCACUGUGGUCAGAAUAGUAUUGUGGUCUCCUCCACCCACCAGGAGCUGGACCGGUAGGGCCGUUCCCCAGCCUGCCACUCUCGGGUCGGAACUCUAUGCUUUCAGUGAACACAGGUCAGCAGUGCUGUGUUUUCCUGUCCUCUGGACUGUUGGGAUCCCAGGUGACUUCUCCAACUUGACAGCUGUUUCACCUACACAGAUCCUCAUGCCACGUGGGUCCUGCAGCUGUUCGUGUUUGUGCCACACACUCUCACUGUGAGAUUCUUUGGGAUUCCUGGUCACUGAUUUUGUUGUAGAGGUACAAAGUCUUUGAUUUUGAUAUGCUAGUUAUUCAGUCUGUUUUUAUGGGGAAAUUUGAGGAGAUUAAAAUAGUAUUCCCCAUAAUCUCCCCAGAAUCCUUGUCAUAAUUAUGUUCAAAGACUAUAGAAUAAAACAAGUUUACUGAUUAUCCACCUCUGGUGCCAGUCAACUGAGAUGUUUCUGAAAAGGAUGGUUCUCUCCCAACUUGGUGGACAAAGUCAUUCAACAUCUAUGGCUGUUUGCAAAGACCCCUAAAACCCUGGUCUGGUUCCUCGACACCUUGAAUUUUCUCUGUCAAGGGCUGAAUUGUGUCCCCUAAAAGUCAUCUGCUGAAGUCCUAACCCCCAGUACCUCAGAAUGUGACUGGAUUGGGAGAUAGGGCCUUUAAAGGGGUGACUGAGGUUAAUGAGGUCACAGGGAUGGGUUCUAAUUUAAACUGACCUGCAUCCUUGUAAGGAGAGGAGAUUAGGACACAAAUAGGCACAAAAGAAAGACCCCGUGUAGACACAGGAGAAGACGCCAUCUGCAAGCCAAGAGAGGAGCUUCAGAAUGAAACCCACACUACAGGCACCGUGGUCUUGGACUUCCAGCCUUCAGAACUGUGAGAAAAUAAAUGUCUGUUGUUUAUGCCACCCAGUCUGUGAUAUUUUGUUAGGACAACCCCAGCAAAUGAAUUCUCUCUCUCUCUCUCUCUCUCUCUCACACACACACACACACACACACACACACACACACACUGCUCACGAGACCCAGGAUCUCUUCCUAGUCCAUCAAACCCUACUAGAAUGACUGCACCAGGACCCUUGUUUCACUCUUGAUAUCUAAGAAUAGCUUCCUAGAUCUACUUCUUUAAAAACAUGUUUUGUGUGAAGAAUAAGGUAGAGUGGUUUUUAUUUUAGUUAUUUUGGCACAGUCACGACCAAGACCAGAAGUGAUUGGUCUUUUAUCUGUUUUCUUAUCCAUUUAUAUUAUGGCUGUAUCUAACAAUGUUUAAAUUAUACUACAUUUUUUUUUUUCUCUUUCUCUGAGUUUUACACCAAAGGUUUUCUGGACAGGGAGCAUGGUGGAAACCAGACUUCAUUGGCAGAAAGAGAUAGUUCAAACCUUUGUCUGCUGCUCGCUCUUGGACGUUGGGCGAGGCGGCUGACAUGUCUGAGCCCUUGCUUCCUCAUUUGUAACUGGGAAAUGAGGCCCCUCUCGAAGGAUGGUCAUGAGGGUUACAUGAGAUAAAGCUGUAAUUUGCUUUCUGGCCCAUAACAGACCCCAAAUAAAUGUUAUUUUCCAUUUCUUUUCUUCCUUCUCCCAACCCAUAGUUAGGCAGAAAAAAAAAAAAAACAAAAACAAUUACGAACCAAAGAAAAUUCCAGUUCAUUGAAUCUCUGUUUACAUUUAUGUAAAUUAGAAGCACAUGACUCACUGCACUCCCAAAUUGGCGUCCUCAGCAGGAGCUCCAAGAGGUACUGCUUCUAGACUCGGGAAGCACAUCAGCAGGCCGGUCCAUGGACAGCCUCUGAGCAUGGGACCCUCUCCAGACACAGAGGCUGUUUGAAGAAUUCUAUAGACAUUGCAUUUAUUGGGCAACUGGCAAGCUGGUGUCCCACCUAGUGGUCAGUGGGAGGUAGCCCAUUUCAAAAAGAGAUGAGAAGACAUAAUGUCUUCUGCUGGGCAGAGCCUGGAGAACUGUGUCAGCUCACCCCAUUCUCUCCAUUUCCAAAGGCCUGGGCACAUAUGACACAAGGGUGAGAAUGACAGUGUAAUGUCCGCUGGCAAUGGGGGUGGGGCUGGUGAGAGUCACAUGAGAAAGAAAGCCAUGAGAUUAAGAGACACACCUUUGAAUGGUUUCUCUAAACUAUAAAAUAUUUCAGACACAGAAAAGUUUAUAACACACAGCGCAUUCCCCACCCAGCUCUCUUGAGUGCUGACAUUUUGUCACACUUGCUUUCUGUUUUGUUAAGAAGCAAAACAGGCCGGGUGUGGUGGCUCAUGCCUGUAAUCCCAGCACUUUGGGAGGUCGAGGUGGGUGGAUCACAAGGUCAGGAGUUUGAGACCAGCCUGGUCAAUGUGGUGAAACCCCCGUCUCUACUAAAAAUACAAAAAUUAGGCAAGUGUGGUGGCGGGCACCUGUAGUCCCAGCUACUCAGUAGGCUGAGGCAGGAGAAUCGCUUGAGCCUGGGAGGCAGAGGUUGCAGUGAGCCGAGAUUGUGCCUCUGUGAGACUCUGUCUCAAAAACAAAACAAAACAAAAACCAAAACAAUACACAUAACGACAAAGCUCCCAGAACACCCUUCUAUGACCCUUUCUCUUCCCUGUCUUUCACCCAGAGGUAACCAUCAGCUUCAACUUUGUGUCUACCUUGAAUGGCAUUCAAAAGUUCCACUAACAUCCCAUGUGUGAAUCCAUCUUUUUGCAUGUUUUCAAAAUUUUUUAAAUUGAUAACAUGCUGUAUUUUUUCUAUUACAAACAAGUAAUGCAAUGAAUUUUCUUGUGCCAUUUUUCCUAUGGAACUUCUGUGAAAGUUUCUUUAUUAUUUUUUUACAUGUGGAACUGCUGGAUCAAAGAGCAAAUGUUUUCUUCCAGAGGUGGUGUACCAAAAUUACCCUUCAGAUCUCCAGGUGUAGGAAGUCAUUGUGCUCUAUAUUUGCACCUAUGUUAAGAUUGUUAGUCUUGGCUGGGCGGGGUGGCUCACGCUUGUAAUCCCAGCACUUUAGGAGGCAGAGGUGGGCGGUUCAUCUGAGGUCAGGAGUUCGAGACCAACCUGGCCAACAUUGUGAAACCCUCUCUCUACUAAAAAUACAAAAAUCAGGCUGUGGAAGCCCUCAAUGAGAGGAUGCCAUUUCGAUAAUCCCAGCUACUCAGGUGGCUGAGGCGGGAGAAUCGCUUGAACUCAGGAGGUGGGUUGCAGUGAGAUCACGCCACGGCACUCCAGCCUGGGCAACAGAGGGAGACUCUGCAAAAAAAAAAAGCAAACAUUGUUAGUCUUCUCAAUAUUUUCCAUUUGAUGGAAAUGGAAAUGUUACGAAAUGACAUCUCAUACUGUUUUGAUUUGUAGUUUCUUAUUUAGAUGCUAUAUUGAACAUCUUUUCAUGUUUCUUGGCCUUGUAUUUUUUUUCUCUUGUGAAUGGUCUGUUUAUAUCUUUUGCCUUUUAUUUUCAUUUUUGAGACAGAGUCUUGCACUGUCAUUCAGGCUGGAGUGCAGUGGCAGGAUCACGGCUCACUGUAACCUCUGCCUCUUGGGUUCAAGCAAUCCUACCUCCUCAGCCUCCCAAGUAGCUGGAACUACAGGUGCAUGCCACCAUGGCUGGCUAGUUUUCUAUAGAGACAGGGGUUGCCAUGCUGCUCACGCUGGUCCUGAACUCCUGAGCUCAAGGGAUCCUCCCACUGUGGGCCUCCCAAAGCACUGAGAUUACAGGCAUGAGCCACCAUGCCUGGCCCCUUUUAUUUUUCAGUUGGAUUUGUUUUCCUUAUUGAUUCUCAGGGUUUCCUUAUAUAUUCCAGAUAGGAAUCCCCAUUUUCAGUUACAUACUUUGCAAAUAUCUUCUCCCAUCUGUAUCUUGUCUUUUUUUUAAGUAAAAAGUUUAAAAUGGAGUUAGAUAUUACAUUCAUAAAAAUUCACAAAUCAUAAACGUAGAGCUCAGUGAACUGUUCAUUUUCUAUUCCUGCGCCAAUGCCACAGAUCUUCCUUACUUAGCUUUAUAUUAUGUCCUGGUAUCCCCCUUGUGCUCCUCAAUUUCCAGAUGUCUUGGCCAGUCUUUAACAUACAUGUUUCCUCUGCUGUCGCCUCUGCCUGGAUGCUCCUCCCCCAGAUAUUCGCUUGAUUUGCUCUUUCAGGUUUUAUUGAAACGGCUUCCUCUCAUUGAGGGCUUCCACAGCCAAGUGAUCUAACGUUUUCACUACUUACCCUCACAUUGCUAUCCCAGCCUGCUUUACUCUUCUCCUUGAAACUGAGUACUAUCAAAAUAUACCCUGUGUUUUACCUGUUUAGUCUGUUUAUUAUCUCCCUGAACAGACUGUAACUCUAGAAGAAAAAUAUUUUUGUCUAUUUUGUUCACUACUGAAGUGUUUGCACCCAGAAGCGAUGGCUGCCACGGUUAUGUAUUAAACAGGAUUGAACUGAAUUGCUAAGACAAAGGCUUCAAUCUCCAUUUUGGCAUGAAAAUAUCAAUGGCCACCUUAGCUCAGAAGGGUGGCAUUUGGCAAAAUCAGCUUUCUCACUGGCUUUGGGAAGAGGACGAUUGUGUGUUUAGGGACCGUUUAAAGUGGUUACAUCUCCUUAUAAACCAAAUCCGAAUCUCCUCUUUCCUGUGUGCUGAGCUCCCCAGGGUGCUGAUUGCUUCCUAAAUUUCCACGGGGGUGUCCUUAGGUCCAUAACCUCAUCACCGGGACACGUGGCUCAGAGCCGGCAAUCAAAGCAGGGUUUGGAAUGAAGGAUGCUCUGUGACUCCUAAGCAAUGACUUUAGGU